AUGAAGUAACAAUACUAGCUGCCUUAUUUGGAUGUCAAGUGUCAACGAAUAAAAUGCCAUUGUGAUUUGUGAAUCAAAAGAGCGGGAAAGCCACAUUAGUAAUGUACACCUACAGUCCCAUUUGCGCUAUACUCUCUCAUUCACCGAUCGUAUACCCUCCUAAUUUGAGCUGCAGUUGACGGCGGCAAGUUGGAGUAAAUUGCUUUUGAUUGUUGCUGCCAAUUUUCUCUGAUUUUCCUUUUUUUGUAAAAAAUGGGGAGUGGAUCAGCGUUUUCCAUGGAUGAAUAUGAGUCGUUAAUGGCGACCUCAGAUGUGGAGCUUCUCAAGAAAGCUUGGCGAAACGAAAAAUCUGCUCCCGAAAUUCUUGAAUUUCAGAUUUCUUUGGUUCAAAGAUCUCGCGAACAAAUUCAACUUAUGGAGGAGACCAUCGAGGAAUAUACAAAAAAUGGUUUUGAUCCUCUGAUUGUAUCUGUAUAUCAAAUGGAUAUGGAUCGAGCUCAAUAUUUGUUGAGAUCUUAUCUUCGGACUCGUCUUCAAAAGAUUGAGAAGGAUAUGAUUCAUAUUUCUAAAUCAGACCUUUGGAAUCGACUUUCUAAAGAGGAGCAAAACUUCACGAAUAGAUGUUAUGAAAGUAUGAAGAAUUAUCUGGAUGAGUCUGUUUUGUCAAAAUUACCUAUUGGUUACCAGUCUGAUAUAAAGCAAUCCAAUGCUAGCGAAGAAGAUGACAUGGUCCCAGAGCCAAAUUUGGAUACAUUUGUCUUUUGCAAGAGUGAGAAUUCUAUUGGAGCCAUUCCUCUUGAUGACAGUGCGGAUGAGAUUGUAGACCUGAUAGCUGGUGAUUUAUAUAUACUUCGUUACAAGUCUAUUAAGCCAUUUGUCGAGAAUGGGCAAAUUGAUCUUGUUUGAGUUCCUAUUUACCACCAACAAUUCUAGUUAGCUCUUCACGAAAGUGAAAGGGCAUGGAGCAAAGUGCCAAGAGGGAACACUUUGGACUGCUCUGGAAUAUGUUCAUCUUUGUGGAUGUGAUUGAGAACUCUCUGCUCAGGGUAACUUCUUAUUCUGCUGAUUUGACUGUAAUGCUUUUUCUUCCUCAUAUUUCAAACGCAAGACCAUACAUGUGCUGGAACUCUGAAAAUCAUACUGAAAGAUUACAAUCAAGAAAUAUGGUAUCUAUUUUAUUGUCUGCUUCA